GGGAGCACGAGCUUGUCAUUCUUUCUUGUCAAGGCUUCGGUGUGCGCUUUAAUAGCCUGGCUUUUGUCUGAAGACGAGACUGCUUCAUUCACUAAUUUCCUUAAAAAUGAAGCGAAUUUGCUUCAUUGGGCUGCUCUGUGCACUUUUGGCAUUCGCAUCUGUGAGAGCAGAAGAUGAACUUGACAUUGACGGGACUGUGGAAGACGAUCUAGGAAAGAGCAGAGACGGCUCCAAGACAGAUGAUGAGGUCGUGCAGAGGGAGGAGGAGUCCAUCCAACUGGAUGGGUUAAACGCGGCUCAGAUCAAAGAGAUCAGAGAGAAGUCGGAGAAACACGUCUUCCAGGCUGAGGUGAACCGCAUGAUGAAGCUCAUCAUUAAUUCUCUCUACAAGAACAAGGAGAUCUUUUUGAGGGAGUUGAUCUCCAAUGCCUCUGAUGCUCUGGACAAGAUCAGACUUAUGUCUCUGACCCACGAAGAUGCGCUGGCUGCCAACGAAGAGCUCACCAUCAAGAUCAAGUCUGACAAGGAGAAGAACAUGCUCCACAUCACUGACACUGGUAUUGGCAUGACCAAAGAAGACCUGGUCAAGAACCUGGGCACAAUUGCCAAGUCGGGCACCAGUGAGUUCCUCAAUAAGAUGACCGAGAUCGAAAGCGAGGGUCAGUCCACCUCCGAGCUGAUUGGCCAGUUUGGCGUGGGCUUCUACUCCGCCUUCCUGGUGGCCGACAAGGUGAUUGUGUCGUCGAAGCACAACAAUGGCACGCAGCACAUCUGGGAGUCUGACUCCAAUGAGUUCAGCGUGAUUGAGGACCCCCGGGGGGACACCCUGGGCCGUGGUACCACCAUCACGUUGGUUAUGAAGGAGGAGGCUUCAGAUUAUCUGGAGCUGGAGACCAUCAAGAACCUGGUGAAGAAGUACUCUCAGUUCAUCAACUUCCCCAUCUAUGUCUGGGCCAGCAAGACGGAGACUGUUGAGGAGCCAAUCGAUGAGGAAACCGAGGCAGAGGAGAAGGAUGCAACUGAGGAUGAGGUGGAGGUGGAGGAAGAGGAGGAAGACAAGGACAAGCCGAAGACCAAGAAGGUUGAGAAGACCGUGUGGGACUGGGAGCUGAUGAACGACAUCAAGCCCAUCUGGACGAGACCAGCCAAAGAAGUAGAGGAGGAUGAAUACAAGGCCUUCUACAAGACCUUCUCCAAGGACACAGACGAACCCCUCUCAUACAUCCACUUCACUGCUGAGGGUGAAGUCACCUUCAAGUCCAUCCUGUUUGUACCCGCGGCUGCCCCGAGGGGGAUGUUUGAUGAGUACGGCACCAAGAAGAAUGACUACAUCAAGCUGUUUGUCCGUCGGGUGUUUAUCACCGAUGACUUCAAUGACAUGAUGCCCAAAUACCUCAACUUUGUCAAGGGAGUGGUGGAUUCUGAUGACCUGCCCCUGAAUGUGUCCAGGGAAACCCUGCAGCAACACAAACUGCUCAAGGUAAUCCGCAAGAAGCUGGUACGCAAGACCCUGGACAUGAUCAAGAAGAUCGCUGAGGAGCAGUACAACGAGAAGUUCUGGAAGGAGUUUGGCACCAACAUCAAGCUGGGAGUGAUUGAGGACCACUCCAACAGGACCCGUCUGGCCAAACUGCUGCGUUUCCAGACCUCCAACAGCGACACCGUGCUGGCCAGCUUGGAACAGUAUGUGGAGCGCAUGAAGGAGAAGCAGGACAAGAUCUACUUCAUGGCUGGCACGAGCCGGAAGGAGGCCGAGUCUUCCCCCUUCGUGGAGAGCCUGUUGAAGAAGGGUUACGAGGUCAUCUACUUGACGGAGCCAGUGGACGAGUACUGUGUCCAGGCCCUGCCCGAGUUCGACGGCAAGCGCUUCCAGAACGUGGCCAAGGAGGGUGUCAAGUUUGACGAGAGUGACAAGGCCAAGGAGUCCCGGGAGGCGCUGGAGAAGGAGUAUGAACCUCUUACCACCUGGAUGAAGGACAACGCCCUCAAGGACAAGAUUGAGAAGGCCGUGCUGUCCCAGAGGCUGACCAAGUCUCCAUGUGCCCUGGUGGCCAGUCAGUACGGCUGGUCUGGGAACAUGGAGCGCAUCAUGAAGGCCCAGGCCUACCAGACAGGAAAAGACAUCUCUACAAAUUAUUAUGCAAGCCAGAAGAAAACAUUAGAAAUCAACCCAAAGCACCCUCUCAUCAAGGAGAUGCUGAAACGUGUUCAUACCGACGCCGAGGACAAGACUGCCUCAGACCUGGCCAUGGUUCUGUUUGAGACGGCCACGCUGCGUUCGGGCUACCAGCUCCAGGACACCAAGGCUUACGGAGACCGGAUAGAGAGAAUGCUGAGGCUCAGCAUGAACGUGGACCUCAACGAACAGGUUGAGGAGGAGCCAGAGGAGGAGGAGCCGGAGGAGGUGGCAGAGGAGGCCGAGGAGGUGGAAGAAGAGGAAAUCCCAGAUGAGGAAGAUGAUGUGGUAACAGACAAAGAUGAAUUAUAAAGCACUGUAAAUGAGUGGGGAUGAAUUGAUGGGCUUAUCCUGGAGCUGGGCCACCAGACCACCACCCACGGCCAAUCAAGUCCUAACCUGGUAAUCCAGAUUGAAUUCUGCUUCAGUUCACAUUUUUUCACUUCUAUUGUCUUGGAGUUGCUAAGUCAAACGAAGGUGAAAAGUAAUGUGAUUUCGUCUGAAUAUCCAGGCUAGCCAAGACUAUCACACGCUGGCCAAGAUCCACAUUGGCCAGUCAAGACUAGCCUGGGUUCAGAUCUGAUUUUGCCAUCUAGCUCAACCAGAUCUGAGCCAGGCUACCCAGGCCAUCGGUUGCACUUCACUCACUCUGGGGAGGGACUGGAUGGGAUGGGGUUUUUUUAAGGCUUGUGUUUUUGUUUCUGUUUUUGUUUUUUUACAUUCCUCCUGAUUGUAAAUUUGUUAAUAUUUAACUGAGCUGUCUUUGGAAAAGAAAAGAUGUGAUCGAUAUUGCCACUUGAUCCCAUCAAAUAAAUAUUUCCUGGAAAAGGGAA